CAAAUCAAAGCCGUUUUUGUAUUCUGCUAAAAUAAGUUCAGUAUUUAACUUUAAGACGUGGUCUUUUAAAGUGCUGAACUGUUGCUCGCUGGUCUAAAGUCCUCUUUUGUGAUGAAAUGAAAUUCAUUUGGAAAUCAAAUUGUGUUAAGUAUGUUGGUGUCGGUGUCGCGUCAUCUGCUGAUGGUUGUCUAUCGUCUUUUACCUAAAGUUUGCACAGCCAAGCAUCUUUUAGUGCAUGUCAUUAGACAAGUUUUUAUUUAUUUCAGUUCUUUAAUCUCCCCCGACAUAAAUCCCAAAGUAAAGCUGCAGGUUGUUAAGAGGAAAAUUUGAAUGUUUGAAUCUGAUCCUCUCCAUGUCACACCGCAUUGAUGCAGUAAAACAUGUAAAAGCAGCCAGGGCCCCGUUUUAAGUGCACACAACAUGCAAUCAAGUUUUAUGAGAAUAUCCCUCUAUAUACGUUUCACCUUAUGAAUAUUAUUCAAAGUUAUCUAAUGAUAUGCAUCUGCAUGAUCAUGUUAAUGCAUUUUUGUGCAACCCACCUGUCUUCUGAGGUGACUACGCAGCGGAAGAUGGAGGGCAGGGAGGAAGAGAAGGCUGGUGACACACAUCGGGGGUCGCUGUUAAUAGCUCAGACAGGACCAGAAUAGCAGGGCGUCGCGGGAGGAAAAGCGACUCUCUGCAUCCAGCAACCUCCCGUCUGAAACUUGAGUCUGGCCGAAAACAAGUUAAACACCUUCCACAAUAACUCCUACUAAAUUAUAUACUCAACAUUAAAGGGGGGGGGGGAACUGUUGUUUACUCGGUAAUAAAUUUGUCCUUGAUGGAGCGCGAGGCAAAUUACCGGAGUUCAACCAGUGUGGCCUUUCUGGGGACUCCUCCUUCAGCAGCAUCACCAUCCUCUCUUCUCACUCACCUCCUGUCUCCCCCCUCCCUCCUCUCCUCCUCCUCCUCCGCCGCUGCUGCUGCUCCACUCGCCGCUCCGUCCCCGCACCACCGCAGUCCACGGCCCCGUCAGUGGCCGAGCCGCCGCCGCCGCCGCCGCGCUCUUCCCUCCCCGGUCUUUCUUCCAUGAUCCUCUCUCCUCCUCUUCCUCUCCUCGCUGUGAGCUGCGUCUCUGUCCGCCGGCGCCGCAUCAUCUGCAUCCCUAACAUGGGAAUACAAAGCGGUCGUUCUUCCAUCUAGACGGGAAGUCGCACCUCGCAGAGUCAAGAUGGGGGGCACAAUGAGCGAGGAGCCACCGGUCUCCCCCAGCUGGCUGAGCCCCGAUCCCACAGCGUGGGCCAGCGGGGCCCCGAUGGACAACAGCACCAGCUUGGGGUCGUUCCCAGCGGAGGACUCCUCCCUGCGGCCCAGCCAGCUGCCACUGCUGGUCAACCCCUGGGACAUCGUGCUGUGCUCAUCGGGGACCCUGAUUGCCUGCGAGAACGCCUUGGUGGUGCUGGUGAUCUGGCAGAACCCGACGCUCAGAGCCCCUAUGUUCCUCCUGAUCGGCAGCCUGGCUCUGGCCGACCUGCUGGCCGGCCUGGGCCUGGUCCUUCACUUCACCUGUGCCUACCUGCUCCGCUCGGACUCGGCCCAGUUGCUAACGGUGGGCCUGGUGGUGGCUUCCUUCUCGGCCUCCGUCUUCAGCCUGCUGGCCAUCACCGUCGACCGCUACCUGUCGCUGUACUACGCCCUCACCUACAACUCGGAGCGGACGGCGGCCUUCACCUACACCAUGCUGGUGCUGCUGUGGGGUCUCUCCCUGUGUCUCGGCCUGCUGCCGGUCACCGGGGUCAACUGCCUGGCCGAGGAGGUCACCUGCAGCGUGGUUCGACCUCUGACCAAGAACAACAUCGCGGUCCUGUCCGUCUCCUUCCUGCUGCUCUUUGGCCUCAUGCUGCAGCUCUACGUCCAGAUCUGCAAGAUCGUGAUGCGCCACGCCCACCAGAUCGCCCUGCAGCACCACUUUCUGGCCGCCACGCCCCACUACGUCACCACCCGGAAGGGCGUGUCCACCCUGGCCAUCAUCCUGGGCACCUUUGCCGCCUGCUGGAUGCCGUUCACUGUCUACUCCCUCAUAGCCGACUACACCUACCCUCCGCUGUACACCUACGCCACGCUGGUGCCUGCCACUUACAACUCGGUCAUCAACCCGGUCAUCUACGCCUUCAGGAACCAGGAAAUCCAGAAGGCGCUGUGGCUGGUGUGCUGUGGCUGCGUGCCGACCAGCGUGGCGCACCGUGCUCGGACACCCAGCGACGUGUGACCUCGGAUACCCCGAGUGGGACGAGAAGGGUCAGCUCUGCUCCUCCGCUGGAGCCGUCCGGCGUUACGAGGAGAGCAGCGGCGUAGGGAUGCGGGUGCAGCUCUGGUUGGAGACGCAGCAGCCCGCCGUGUCUCCCUGUCUUCCCAGCACCACGCCAAGAAGGUGGGCUGCAUCCUGCCCACUCUGUGUGUAUUGUUAAUUUCUACAGGAAAGCGCAUCCCCAUGUUCCGGUGCGCGUAAACAACGCACGCCCUCUGACAGUUCUGUAGCUUUGCUUGUUUUCAUGAUGCACAGAAAUGAUCUCCCAGCUGAUGAACAGCAGCUGGGCAACACUUGAAGCCCGUCUUGGGUAGCAGCAGCAGCAGCAGCAGCAGCAGCAGCAGCAGCAGCAGCAGCGUCCCGGUUGCUGCCGCCGCCGCUGCUGCUGCACUCUGGACGUGCGUCGAAAGCUGAGCAGACCCGGAGAGCUAAAAAUAGGCCUGAUGCUCUCUGAUCCGCUCCACAGACGCCGGGGAAGAAAUCUAGCCUCUUUUUCUCCUCGCCUCGCCCAUUUCUCCCCCCUCCUUCUCCCCGCUUUCUCUCCUCUCUCUUCUGGCUGUCGAUUGCGCAUGAAUGCGCAACAAUAAGAAAGGCUCCAAACAGACCCGCCCUGCUAGCAGUACCUGCCCUCUGUAUUUUUGUUAUUUUAUAUAUACCAAAUCAAAAAGAAAGCCUACAUUUAACUUUCUAUUUUUUUUAACCUAAAGGCAUCUCAGGAUCUAAUUGGAUAUCCAAUUCACCAAAGUUUUCCAGAAUAGCUAAAUUUCUUGUGAUUUGAUCAGAAAGCUACCGGAAUCAUUAGAUUUAAAGCAAAACCACUCCAGAUUUUUCUUUAAAAUCAAUCGAACUCACUUUAGAUAUAGUUUCUAAUCUAUAAAACAUUUUAUUCCAGGUUGUAUCCGUUUCCACCUAAAAUGAAAUCCUGUAAAAAGGAAGCUUCCGCACAAACAUGCCUGUUGUGACAUCACAAAAGGUGUAAGGAGUCUGUCUAGAGUUCUUCUGACAAAAUCCGUAUGUAUUACUGUUUUAUUUCCCCCUCUGUGGUCAUUAUUUCGAUCAAAUUCUUUAGGGUUGAACUUCUUGUUCGAAUUCAGCUCAGAAUCAGUGUUCAAAGUUGUCCAUCGUAAUCCUUGCUAAUGCUGUUUAGCUCAGUUCUUGUGCCUCUUGUGAUGUCACCAACCCAAAUAUAAAGAUGCAUUUUUUUUCCCGUCAGCGCACUUUUUUUUCUUCUUCUUUUUUUUAUAUAAAAAAAAACAACAACUUUGUACUUUGUGAAUCCAUGUUUUGCUACCCAGCUGUGUUCUUCUUGUCGGGGUACAUCUGUUUGUGAGAACAAAAACAACACUGGACAGCAUCUUUAAACUAACGGGAUUAGCUGUAAUUAGCAUGCAACUAGCACAGUCCAGUGAUGUGAGGUGGGCUUCACAUAGCCACUGCAGGCUAUGUGCCGUGGCCGCCUGACUUCAUCGUGACCCAAAUAAUUUUGUCUAUGUACAAAGUACCACCGUGUACCUCACAUGUGCUGCAUUAUAAGAGCUAAAACUGUCGCACCAAGGUCAUGGGGGCUGUUAUUUGGUUUUUUAAAAAGUUGCUUUUUGCUUUUAGCAUUACGAUACCUUGCGAAAGUUGUCACACUUUUAAACUUUUUCACGUUGUUUCACGUUACAACUAGACUUAAAUGUGUUUCAUUGGGAUUUUAUGGAAAAAAAAAAAAUCAUAGAGCGUAAUAGAGAACUGGAAGAAAAUUUGCAUAAAAAUCUUGUGUGUUGCAAGUGCUUGGCAGAAAACCUCCAGCUGCGGGUGUUCAGGGGAAUGUUGGAGUCUGGAGUUCUCUGCAGCCUGCCAGAGGUUUUACUUCCAGGGCUCGUUUGGCUUCAUCCACGUUCCCAUCCAACUCUGACCAGAUUCUCCGUGCCUGACGAAGCGUCCCCUCAGCAUGAUGCUGCCACCAGCUUGUUUUAGUGCUUUCACGGUGUGUUCAGGGUAACGUGCGGUGCUAACGCAGCCCUCUGCACGUAGACCAAAAAGUUUCAUUCUUGUCUCAUCUGAUCUGCUUUCCUUUCCUAGCUGAGGAAAACAAUAAAUAAGUAAAUAAAUGAAUAAAAAAACACCCCCAUGGCAUAAUGCUGCCACCACCAUGCUUCAUGGUGUCGAUGAGGUGUUUUGCCACCACAGCCAUUUGAAUGCAAAAAGCAGCUGAUCAAACUGAAUUUUAUUUAGGUUAAUUUUAUUUAGAGGCCUGUGCACAAAUAGGAAUCGCAAUUUUACUUGUAGGAAUCAAAAACGUAGCACUUUUCUCCCACCUUACAUUUAUUUUUGCAUUAAUUUCUCUAAUAAAAUCCCAGUGAAAUACGCCACACUUGGUGCUUGUAACGUGAUAGAAUGAGAAAAGUUUCCAGAGGUCGGAGAACCUUUGCAAGGCGCUGCGUAUGUGAGUCCCAUCACUUCCGUGCUGCUCUGAGUUACUGUUUCCAAUCAUCUGUUGGUUCUACUGUUACUCCAGAUCUUGUCAGCAAUAACUAGCCUGAACGGUAGUUAUUUUUUUCUUAGACGCGAAGCAAUACUCAGACAGCAAUAACAUCCGCGCUCCGUCAAGCACCGUAACGUUUCCGGAAAAGUGAAAGACAUGACAAAGAAAGCGUCGGGGUUAAUCACUCCCAACGGGGGUUGAGGCGAGACCUAGCUGCUCGUUCGUCCAGGUGACAACACUGCCUCGUUUUAUCCACAAACCCUGGAACGGGGUUCUGAUCAUUUGUCACGUCAGGGAGGAGAGGCACAGUUGUGAAGUUCUUUUUCCCGCCGUUUGCCUCUUCCUUUCCCGAGCGCAUAAGGUUUCACUAGGCGUUGUGGGCUUGUAUAACAAAAAAGGGAUUUAUUAUUAUUUUAUUUUUUUUUGUGCUCGUGCAUCUGCUCUGAGUCGCAUGGGAUUCUGGGUGUGUGUGUGUGCACACGUGUGCGCUACGAUGUGUCUCAUGUGUCGUCGACACCCCUGACCUUAGAGGAUUUGCACUGUCAGUCUUCCUGUCGCUUUGGAGAAAAGUGGCCUCGUUCCGUGUUUCUUGGCGGGAAGUGGGGACCAGGACGUUUUGGCGCCCCCAGCACUUAAAGCCAAAGGGAAAAGUGACUCUGAAUGAACUGCGACCCCAAUCCUGCUGGGGUUUCUGUCAUCACACUCCAGCUCAAAUCAACUCUGGCUGAGGCAGGUGUCUGUUAAGUGACCUCUGAAUGAUCCUACGAGCUAAAAACGGCUACUUCCAAAUACAAAGAUGAGUUUGUUGGGUUUUUUUUUAUUAUUAUUUGUUUUGGUUCUUACGUUUGAUUCAUUGAGCCUUUUGACGACAUUCCAGGAGCUUCAAAGUCUUCAGCUUUGCUACGAAGCAGGAGAGAAAUAUUUUUUAGGACGGGGAGGUCAGCUUGGAAAAUGAAAAUCAACGUUUCGAAUCAUGGAAAAAGUAGCUCGUGUGAGGGAAUGUGUGCAGAGAGAGGCUCGAACCGGUAGACCCUCAGUGUCGGGCAGAAGUAUUCACACCGCUUUUCCGGUUCCACUUUUUUGUUUCAUUACAACCACAGAGUUCAAAAUGUUUUCUCGUUUUAUGUUUCUGCAAUUAACCAUCUAAGAAAUGUCCACCUGCGUUCAGAGCCACCUUUUGCUGCAGUUAGAAAUCUUCAUGGGCUAAAAAGUAGAGUAUUUUACAAUGUAAACUUAUUAGGCUAAAUUUUAAUUAAAAAAAAAACAAAAAGAAGUCAGUUUACUAUAAAAUUCUUAUUAUUAAAGCCAAAAACAUAUUUAAUAGAGAAUUGAUAUUUUAUGUUGCAAAUAUUUUUAUUUUGGAAAAGAUUUUACAUUUAUCUGCAUUGUGUUUGAAAGGCCUUGCUUCAUUCUACAUCAACCACCUGUGCUGGAAGCCACGUUGUAGUCCAGGGCCGCACAAAAUGAUUCUGAGGGCCACAAAUGGUCCACGGUCUGCAGUUUUGACACCCUUGACCUUAACUCUUCCAAUGUAGCUAACAGGUUAUCGCGCUUCAACUCUGAUUAGCUAACCAGCUUCGGUUGUGGAAAAGCAUCCCCAUAGCAUGAUGCUAUCGCCACCAUGUUUCACAAUGUUGGUAUCUUUAGAUUGGGUUAAUUUUCAAUUUCUUUUAAAUCUCAGGUAAAGAAAAUGACAUGCAUACAAACUGCUGCAUACAAAACAUUGUUGAGAUGUUUAGAAAAUAAUUUCCCUCCCACUUCACAGUUCACAAUGCCUUGUAAAAAUCCUGAUGAGAUACCAAACUGAAGUCUGUGGUUGGCAACAUGAACGUGGAAAAAGUUCAAGAGGUAUGAAUGUUUUUGCAAGGCGCUGCAGGGCAUAAACCUUUACUGUUUACCUUUUGGAGAAUAGUCUAUUUUGUUACGGAGGUUGUAUUUCCUUUUCCCUCCUUUCAGGUGUCUGACGUUGUACGACACGAGCGCGCUGUAAAGCCUUUCUCUGAAUGUAGUAUCUAUCGAACUCCUCUUGAGUUUUGUUUCUGUAAAUAGGGCCUGCUGAACAGGGGAGGGAGGGGGGGGGAGGGCUUCUUACCACCGUGCAUGGUGCUACCAAAGCUCGUCAGUCUGAGGGGAAAGAGUUGGGUUGCACCAUCAAUGUUUCUCUGGUAACGUUUGAUUCAUUUGCUCCCUUCAAUAUGCAGCAGAUUUGUUUAUUUUAUUAUUAUGUUUUUUAAAAGGUUUGCCGACUGACGGGAAGGGCAAAUGUUUGGGAACUGAAUCGACACACAAUCGGGGAAUGUGAAUCUGUUGUUGCAGCUGUACUGACAAGGUUUUCAUUGCUGAGCAUUUGAAUAAGGGCUUUGUAACAAGGAAAGCUGACGAACUGCGAGGUUGGGUGUAAUUAUCGGUUUUUUUUAACACCUUGUUUAUCUACUUAAUGCAUUUAUUUUGUGAUAAUGCACAAAGAUGUGAACAAAAUUGUUUUAUAUAUACAUACAUAUAUAUCAGUGACAAGAUGUUGGACCAGCAGGACGAGGCGUCUUUCUUUCUCACGGUUACUAUUUUAGAGCUAAGUAUCAAAACACUCAAGGGCCUGUGAAUGUGUGUGUGAGCGUGAGAGUGUGUGUUGCUGUUUUUUUUGUUUGUUUGUUUUUGUGUUUUUUUGAAGAUGGAAAUGAGGUUGAAGUCACAGUAACAGCAUCUUGUGUAGACGUAAUUUUCAAUGUGAAAUGCACUUUAUUUUUGGGGGGGUGAAAAUGGCACAACGAAUAAUUUAUCUGCAAAACGAAACGUAUUAAUGAUAAUCAACCUGCACUAACCUAACUGAAAUAUUGUAAAGGACAAAAAAAAAAAAUGUUUAUGUGAACGUGGCGUCUAUUUUUCCAAGGUGUUAGAUGUACUUUUUAUUGCUUUGGUUAGUGCACUCCACUGAGAGAUCUUGUUAAUUUUGUAUUAAAGACAAACAUGUGCUGUGCAUAAAA